AUGUUUCGUGUUGAACGUGAUUUGCCUUUGGGAGUAUGGCGUUUGAUUACAAAGUUUUCGCUCUCAAAUGCAACUGGUCAAUACCGACCAACCAACCAUGCUUACAAGAUGUCUAUUAUAGGCGACAGUAAGAUUAAGGAUUCAGAUUUCCAUUGCGAUGAUAUGUUCUUCUCUUUUGCAAGCUUUGAAGAUGUUGAAGUAAUCGGUCAAGUUGAGAGCCUUAAAGACGUUCAAACUGUUCAAGUUAAGCAAAAAGACAGGAAAAAGUUGAAUUUCGUCUACGUGACACCAAAACAAAUUGAAUCUCAUGUUCAAGAGGCAAAUGACCCAAAUAUGAUUUUGGUUAUAAGAUUUGCAAAGAUCGGAUUUUAUCAAGGAGAAGUUCAAAUUACCAACGCAUUUGAUGCAUCAUUGGUUCUGAUCAAUCCGGAUUUGCCUGAAGUCGUGACUUUCAAAAGCAUGAUGCCACAAAAUGAUACUGCAAUUACUCCUUUCGAUCAAAAUUCAAACAGUAAGGCAAUCAAGGCUCCAAAGGUGGACUGGAAUGAAGUUGAUGUCAAAUCAAUCUCAGAAAUAUUGGUGGCCAUGAAGAUUGAAAGCUGCAAAAUCAUUGUUUCUAUUGAAACAGUAGAUACAGAUUGGGGCUGGUUCUAUUUUGGUCAUGACAGGUGUAACAAACGUGCCGAGCAAAUUGUUAGGAAUGGUUCAGCAAAUUUGUCGGUUGCAGAUAAACCUUUAUGGUAUUGUAAACGUUGCCGUUGUAAUGUCACAAAUGUGUCUCCAAAAUACAAACUGCAUAUUGUUGUGCAAGAUAACUCAGGUACAUGCAAGUUAAUGUUGCUGGAUACUGAAGCUGAGGCCAUAGUCGGCUGUAAAGCUAUUGAAGAUCCAGAAGUUUUGCCAGAACCAAUCAAAGAAUUAGUUGGCCAAUCUUUCUGUUUUGGAGUUUCUUUGGAAAAUGAUAAUGUGACCAACGGCUCUGAUAUAUUUAUGGUCUCUCAAAUCUGGUCUGGAGAUAAACUUCUCAAAGCAGAAUCACAUUCUGUUGUCAGCAGAGAAUCCUCCAUGAUCUCUGGUGGCGAGGUUUCUAAGUUGGAUCCAAACAGUCAAACAACUUCUGAAGGUUGUUCAACCCCGUUCUCCAAACGCAAAGAUGGUGAUCUACCUGACAUGUCCUCAUCAUCAAAAAAACUGUGCACCAAGAUUGUCAAGGUGGAGAAAUCGAAAAAGGAUUAG